AUGAGUGUAAACAGCUUGUGGUCUGGUUUUCGUCCUCACCACAGCACAGAAACGGCACUCAUCAAAGUCCUCAAUUCCCUCCUCACCUCUGCUGACACCGGUUCCCUCAACAUCCUCAUCCUCCUUGACCUGAGUGCAGCCUUCGAUACCGUGAGCCACACCAUCCUGCUUACCCGACUCCGGGAUAUCGGUAUCGAAGGUACUGCACUCAGGUGGCUCCAGUCCUACCUCUCCGACAGAUCCCACUUCAUCUCCCUCAACAAUCACUCCUCUACCACAGCUUCAGUCACCCAAGGUGUUCCCAAAGGUUCAGUACUCGGCCCCCUCCUCUUCACCAUCUACAUCCUCCCCCUUGCCAAGGAUUUCAUCGGCAGUCUGAUGGAAAAGGAUCCAGAAAAGCGUUUCACCUGCGAUCAGGCACUCAGACACCCCUGGAUUUCCGGGGAUACAGCACUCUGCAAGAACAUCCAUGAGUCAGUGAGCCGGCAGAUCAAAAAGAACUUCGCCAAGAGCAAAUGGAGGCAAGCGUUCAAUGCCACCGCCGUGGUUCGGCACAUGAGGCGGUUGCAGCUUGGCAGCAGCAUGGGGAGCAGCAUGGACGCCUCCAACCUGCCGACCAGGCCGAGCCAGACGGGCCAGAGCCAAAACACGGGCCAGGCGACGCAGAGCCAGGGCGCUAACACAGCCGCCAACACAGCCGCUAACACAGAAAACAACGUAGCAGUUCCCCACAAAGAAAAUGCUGCUGCCCCGGUCACUCCCUGCAGUCUGGCGUCUGCAGCCUCCUCUCCAGCUGCCGGGGCCGAUCUGACCCGGCAACACCCCACGGCGGUCACCCCCCCGAUGCUCACAGAGACCAAGUGACGCCAGGUCCCGCGGAGAACUAGCUGGGAGGCCACAGCACUGUGAGGUAGAGAGACAGAAAGAGACGGAGGAAGACUUUGUUUCUCCCUCUCCUCACUGCUUUUCCCCCAGCAAGUUCCCCGCCCUGCUCCCAGGAGAGCAGAGGACUUUACCUCCACCCCGCUGAUACUGUACGCCCACUGCUUCCCCAACAGGACGCCAUGUUGGAUUCCUCCAGCCACAGCGACACAUGGCGACAAACAUUAGGAGGAUGUUUGGAAGCCCAGCUUGAAUUGGUUGCUGGUAAAUUAUUUGGGGCGUCGCUGGCACAAGCUUGAGCCGUGAUUGGUGGUUGACGGUGGGGCCGUGUUAUCAUAUUAUUCAAUUUCAAAUUCAACUUCCUUUUUUAAUCUGGUCUUUCCUGCACCACUUUAUUUAGCCUUUUUCCAAAUAAGGUAUGAGUGUUGACAACUGGAUUGUUAUAUUUCAUAUUAAUGUAAAUGUAAAAGGUGGUAUAUGUAACUUUUCAAAAAGCAAGCACAUUAUUGUCAAAUUUAGGUUAAUCAACACUACAAUUGGCAGCCAAGUGUGACCUGUUGACUGUGUGUAAUUCAGAGGCUUAAAUAACUUUACAAAUGUAGCAGCUAAUGGGACAACAAUUCAUUCAUGUUUAAAAGCUACAUAUAUCAUCUUUAGGUGUUUUAUAUGUUCUUAUGGGCUUUUUUGUGUUUGUUUGUGCUUUAAGAAGUGCUUUAAACGUACCAUACGACUGUUGAGAUGUGGAACCAUGAGUAAGCGCUACAAACGUCAGGUGAGCCUCUUGUGUUUAUCACAGAGGACGUCAGAGCAUUGUGUGACUUAUUUAUUGUCCAAAAGAUACUGAUCUGUCUAUUUUUUUUUUUUCUUCAUAAGACUUUUAUAACAAUCACCUUUUAAGGGACACACAUACAGGUUAUAUGAUGAGCAUGCAGCAGGUUUAGUAUAGGGUCGUUUUUGUUUCUGCUUCCAGUUGAGAAUGUAAGGAGCUACAAGUUAGCUUGGCCUUCGUAUUCCUUUACAAGCAGCGCAGUGCAGUUUGAAGAGGGCCACAAAACAUAUGAUAUUUCACUUACUAUGACCCACAGAGUAUUUGACCUGUGUGAUGAAAAUCCAAGAUGGAGAAGCUGUUGCCUGCUGGUCCUGCGCCUUCUAGAGAAGCCAUGAUAUCACCCUUUAGCAUCGUCAAGCUGCACCCAGUUCAGAAGUGCUCAGGGAAAGCUGCGGCUGCACUGUGAGCUGGUGGAAAUAUAUUUCCUGUUAUUUGGUCCAGGUACCGAGCCAUCACAGAUAUGAUCUGGGGCUUACGUUGUUAGAUGUGUCCUUAUUUUUAAGUGUUGUAAUGACUCGUCAUUUAAAUACUUGAUUCCAGCUUCACUUUUAGCAUUUGCUCAUCGCGAGGUUGGGUGCAGGGUCGUACGGUGAAACAGCUAGUUAAGUUCUGUUUCUAUGGUUUCUACGUCAAAAGGUCAGCGGUAAUCAAGGUCAAAGUGGAAGUCAUUUGAACUUUCAGCACUGCAACAUUAUCGAGCCAUGAGCGUCACCUUAGUUGGGCGGUAAAGCUCACUCCAUUGAAACACAACGGCAACGCCAGCCCAGAGCCUUUUUACCGUUUGUCAUGUGAAGGCAGCUUUAAACUUGGACCUAGACGUUUUGAACUCUCAGACUCAAAGGUGUUUUUUAUUUGAUCAUCAGCAUUUUUGGUCCAUUUUGUUUUGUUAAUAACAUCCUGAACCCUUGAACAGCGCGCCAGAGCUCUUAGACAUAAUUGGACAGAACUACCAAAACAACAGUGAGGAUUAGUUGGUUGUUGCUUGAUCCAAGAGCAGUUUUUGGGAAUCCUGGUUAGCGUAGCAUGGUUCUCCAACUUAAAUGAGAUGGUCCAGAGAUGGCUAGUAGUUGUUGUUCAAUGGAUUAUUAGGUUUGAGAUGACGGACUGACUUUAUCUUGAGCUGUUUUUGAUGGAGCCUUCUCAUGAUUCCACAAGCUUUCACAGUCUAUCGUUACUGGUGGAAAUUUCAGUUAAGACAGAACUGUACAAUGUUGAAUGCUCACCCAUCAGAUUGUCAUGAUGCAAUUCUUCUGAUCCCUUUAUUGUGAACUAAGUCAGAUAUGAAGCUGUUCGAGACACAAGUCGACUAAAACUAAGGGCUGAACUCCAGCUGCAAAUUCAUCUGGAGAAAACAUGUAUUCACUUUGUUCCUUACCUAAUAGCCAUUUACCUUUUUUUUUAUUUUACACAGAGUGCUGCAAAGUGCUUAUGGCAAAAAAACAGUAAGUCCUUUUUGGCUGGUUGAGUCGUUGUGUGUGAUAAGUUCCACUGAAGUUGACCAGAACAAACUCUGACAAGACAUGUGUGAAUGCUAUCCAAUCUAUGUUUUCUUCAGCACCUCAUACAUUGUGAAUAUUGCACUGGCAUUGAUGCAAAGACACAUAAUGGCAGUUUUCCUGGCAACUAAUCCAGUCAAAAUAUAGGUUUAGUUCAUUAAUGUUGGUAGGGUUAGUUGUGAACUGAAGGCCUGUUAGGCUGAUUUAUUUUUGUUAUUAAUUAAGUGCAGUCAUAGAGAAAGUUAACGUUGCACAUGGACACAGUUCACCUUUCAGAAACAUAUUUUGAAUGUGAAAGUUUUGAGCAGGGUCCAACUCUAAAGAGAGUCCAUGGAGUUAUAUUGUUUUACUUAGGGGAACUUAAAACCAUGUAAGGGCUUUACUUAUUAUGAUCACCUAAUCGGAUAAUUCACUGUAACCAUAUAUACAAACCACUUGAUUGCUAUGCAUUCUUUUUUACAGUGUGUCGCCAAAAUAUUUUAGGGGGAAUUAGGAAACUUCAGCACCUAUAGUUCAAAAAUAUAAAGAUAAAACAUUUACAUUUUAGGGGGAUAAAAAAGUGCAUUAUUGUUUUUGAAUGAAAUCCAUUUAAAAUUGUCGCACAUGUUUUUUAUGUAGCAAAAAAUAUAUUAUUGAAUGGUCAACAAACACUAAGAAUAUGCUCUUAAAUUGGAAAUGGAAAUGGUUUACAACAGGACGAGGGUUCAGUAUUAGGCUGCUCUAGGUCUUUAUGUCUGCUGUUUAAAGAUUCAUGAAUGAAUCUUAACAUCUCUCGUGUAAAUAGAUUGUGAAUAUGAAUAAUAAUUUUCAAGAUAAAAUGUACCGAUGUUUUGCUGUUCAAGCAUGUGAGAGGGAGUGAGUGUGUCGAGGAAAGUUGAUUGUAUUCUCUAUAGAAUGUUUAAUGUUAAAAUAGGUGUCAAGUAUACUUUCCCACACGAGACUGAGAGCUACACAUCACGUGUAACGCCAUCACUGUUGCAGUGUCACGUCAAUCACCAAGUGAUCGCAUCUUUAACUGAACUCAGGCUGUCAUUUCUGCCAUUAUAACGGAAGAAAUCCAAAGCUGUGACCGAAUCAGACACACACUGUUAAGGAGGAGCGGCGCUCGUCCACCCUUUCGCCUUUUUUUUUUACCAAGAUGCUAUCACAAAAGAUAAAAAAACACAUGCAUGUUGAUAGAAGUGCUUCAAAGAUUCAACUUCACCAUGAGUGUUUGCAUAAUCUUAUAUGCCCUUGUACGAUGUUAGUAUUUGUAUUAUGUAAAGACUUACACAGGUUGAGAUAUCCCAGUUCACCUAGUAGCAGAGUUUCACCUCCACAAACAGUUUCCAUAGGUGGAAAUAUUUGGGCUAACUAGUAUUUAUCAAGAGAACAAAAACGUCUGCUUAUAAGAGGGAAUUCCAGCUGAUUUCCUGCAUACAUGAAUGAUAUGGCAAGAACGUAAAUUAUUAAAAUAAAGAUGUUUCCAUUUGAAUUGUAUGACAUGGAAUAUUGCCUUAUUCAUGACAUAGAAUAUGACUAUAUUUACUUAACAAGGGCAUGAAGCUAUUAGCUUGUAUGGCUUCAACUGAGGCUACUUAGCUAGCUGUGGAUGUUAUGCUGAGUUUAACACUUUGCUAUGUUUGCUAAGUUCUACAUCUGAAGGUAUCUUGAAAUUAGACACAGAAUUUACUCAUAUGUAGGUUAAGCGAAUACUUGAUAAAGUUUGUUGCUAAACACUUUAGUAGUCUCAAUAUUAGCAUUGUCUCUCAUGGAGGGAAAGAGUUGCUAGGUUUGUUAGUUGCUAUGCUAGCAGCUGCUAAUGCAACUAAUGAGAGCAGCUUUACCUCUGAAAACUGUUUGUGGGACUAAAACUUGAUACUUGCUGUUGUUAAGGACCCAGUGUCUCCCUGUGGGUGUCCUGUCCAGAGCCGGCGUAUUGUAUUUACUCUCUGCAUGAGACCACAACUCCCAUCCUGUGCACCCCCGUCACUCAGACGAAACCCUCCUUCCUCAGAGCACACUAAUUGUUCUACGUUGAUGAAGAUGACUCUUUGUUAAUGGGGCUUGUAUAUCAGAUGCCUUCGACAAUCAUGUGCACAUAUCAGAGUUACCAUGAUGACACAGGCCAGAAAGACUGAUUGUGAUUUGUUUGUCUUUGUCCUUGAAUAAAUCCUGAAUGGUCGAAA